AUGAAUCCUAGAAUAAUUGCAGUACUUGCUGUUGCCAUUAUAGGAACAAUCAUUAUAGGGGGUAUAUGGGGAUUUUCACGUACCUCCAAUGAAACAAGCAAAAAGCCUGUAAAGGAGAAACAAUCCGUUAUACAGAAAGUUUUAAAUAAUGGAAAUAGUAAAGAAAAUGCUAAAGCCAGUGAUAGUAUUAAUUACAAUGGUAUAAAAGAAAUAAUUGAUAGUAUUUCCAGUGAAGACAGUGAAGCAUUCAACUAUUCAUCAUAUACCACAGAAGGCACAACCAUUGAAAAUUCUUGUUCAACUAAUUCGGAUAAUUCAGAGAAUUCGGAUAGUUCAGAUAGGUGUAUUAAUUACGACGGGCCUAGAAUAAAAUAUAUACCGCAUGGAACACCAAAUAAUAACCAAUUCGACUAUACUAAUACCAGAGAAUCCAAUAUUAUCAGAAUAAAUACAGAAUCUAUACAAUUGCCAUAUUAUGGCCGUAUACAGCCAUUAAUACCUAAGAAUGUAAUAUCAUUCAGAAGUAGGAUGCAUGUAGAGGAUGAAGAAGAGACUGAGGAUGAAAAACUGGCAAGACUCAAAAAAUACCAGGACAUUCCAGAUGAAUAUAGGUUAUUAGAUGAAACAACAGAACGUGUGCAUGUGCAGACUGAAAAAACCAUUAAAAUGAACACAGACACACGUUGUGUUGUUAUACCAUUAUCAGAAAUUAGUGAACCAAAUGUAAAAUACAGUUUGAAAAUAUCUCCAUCAAAGACUCUUGUAGUAUAUUUAAAAGACCAGAAUGCAGAUGAUUCACUGGGCAUGUCUCCUAUUGAGCCAGUGAUUCAACCAAUUGAUGUUACUGUGAACCCAACUGUGGAUACAACAGUACUAACAGAAGGAACAGGAAAUUCUACAAAUAUUUCCAAUGCAAACACAGAAAAUGUAAAUACCACAGCAAUCACAGUUAUAGCAAAUAUAGAAGAGAAUAUUUUUCCACAGAAUCCAAUAAUAGAGUUGCCUAAUUUAAAUAAUGGAGUAGGGCAAGGAAUAGAGAAUAAUUCUACAGUAACCCCGGGAAUAGGCAGUAAACCAGCAGAUACAACAACUAAUUCUACUGUAAAAAACAACAAUUCACCGGAAAUGGCUACAAAUGAGAUUAACAGUGGUAGUUCUUUAGUAUCCCCUGGGCCAACUAAUACUACUAAUGCAAAUGGACCAACUAAUGCCAUGGGUGCAAAUGACCAAAUAGUAUUCCCCGGGCCAACCAAUGCUACUAAUGCAAAUGGACCAACUAAUGCCAUGGGUGCAAAUGGACUAACUAAUGCUAUAGGUGCAAAUGAUCAGAUAGCAUUCCCUGGGCCAACUAAUGCUACUAAUGCAAAUGACCAGAUAGUAUUCCCUGGGCCAACCAAUGCCACUAAUGCCAAUGAUCUGAUAGUAUUUCCAGGACCAACCAAUGCUACUAAUGCAAAUGGACCAACUAAUGCCAUGGGUGCAAAUGGAUCAACCAAUGCCAUGGGUACAAGUGAAUCAACCAAUGCCAUGGGUGCAAAUGGACUAACCAAUGCUAUAGGUGCAAAUGAUCAGAUAGUAUUCCCUGGGCCAACUAAUGCCACUAAUGCAAAUGGACCAACUAAUGCUAUGGGCUCAAAUAAUCAGAUAGUAUUCCCAGGACCAACUAAUGCUAUGGGCUCAGAUAUCCCGAUAACUAUACCUACUUCAAAUGGACCAACAGUGUUUUAUUGGCCAAAUAAUUCAAAUGGUAUGUCAACUGCAUCAGAUAAGCCUAUAACAACUCCUAGUACAAGUGCUCGUGUGGGUAUGCCAACUGUAGUAAAUCAUCAUUUAGUUAUACCUACACCAAAUGGAUCUAUAGACAUUCCUUUAGGCAUUAGUAACCCUGAAGGAUUAAAGCAUAAUGUGCGAAUCUCAGAACUAACUACAGAAGAAACAAAAUUUAUAGGAAAUGAUGUAAAUAUACUUAAUCUACCAAAUCCAGGUGCACAACCAGCAGUAAGUUGUAGUAAUUCUGCAUCUGCACUAAAUACAGAAGAGAGUGGGAAUUCAUCAAAAGAAACUCCAAAUACAAAAUCUGAAUUACUAAGAGAUAUAAAGCAUAAUGAUCCCAUAUACGAUUUCUGGCCUGUGAAGUAUUCUAAUGGCUCAUCCCCAGCAGGGUCAACAACAGGAGCACUAAAUGACCCAGAUGACAGCAAUGCAGUAACCGUACCAGGUGUAGUGUCUAUAGAUGAACUUCGGUUUAUAUACAAACAAGUGCAUAAAUAUAGCCCAGACCAUGUAGAUGAGUAUUUAGAUGAGUAUUUAGCUAAAAAUUACCCAGGCAGCCCAGAAACAUUAAAAAACCUCAAAGCCUCAAUUAAGCAAGAAAUACAGAGGAUAGACGAUAGGAAUGCAAUGGACCCUGGAAUAGAUCUAAGGUAACUGUAUAAUUGAUUUUUAUACUGGAUUUUAAAUACAAAAUUCUCUGAGUUUAAUAAU